AUGGAGGAAUAUACAGGCUGUUCCAUUUUGGCACUUUGUGUUGUGUUCUUGAUUAUAGUGAUUCGGUGCAACAUUCUCAGGCUUCUCUUGUGUUGUUUUAACAGUCCAAGUCCCAAUAGAAAUUUGGUUGAAGGGCAGUACCAGGAUGAGUCCAUUCCUUAUACUACUUCACUUCAGCUUCAUAUGAGUGACUUGGAGUUGUCUAUCAUAGUCCCUUCCUCUCUUCCUGCGUCUCAGUUGAAGAAAAAUGGGGGAGAAGUGCCAAUAAACACAGACUGUGCAAUUUGCUUGGGGGAAUUUGAAGAAGGGGAAUGGAUAAAACUUCUUCCUAAUUGUAGCCAUGGCUUCCAUGUUUCCUGCAUUGACACUUGGUUUCAGUCUCAUUCAAAGUGCCCCCUCUGUAGAUCUCAUGUGUCUACUCAUAGUGUUCAGUUAUCUUUUCACACAUAG